CAACAAACUCCCACAGUUCCAUCUGCUGGAGGAAAGCAGCGGUACAGCAUGAGUUCCUCGGUGAGAGGCUGGCAUCUCUCUCGCUGGACCACUGCACUGUUUCAUCCAAGCGGGGGCUGUGACUCAGCGUAACCGCAGCAAUAAGGUUAAAAUAUAACAAUCCGCCACAAAUUAAACUAAAAGGCUUAUUUAAUAGACUUGUUAACCAACGCGUGACUUUUAAAUACGAAUAUUUGAAAUCAUGGAUCACUUCCGCGGCUUGUUUGAGAAACUCGACAAGAAUAAAGACGGUUUUAUAUCUACUGAGGAGCUGCAGAGUGAAAUGCGAAGGAUAGGUGUGGAACCAGUCAAUGAAAAGGUUAAAGCUAUUUUGUCCAGUUAUGAUAAAAAUGAGGAUGGACGUCUGAGCUAUCAAGAAUUUCUUGUUUACAUGAUGGACAAAGAGAAGAAAUGGAAAAUAGAUUUCCAUGCCAUUGACAGAAAUGAGAGUGGGGUCAUUGACUUGGAGGACAUCAUGACUCUCUUUAAGGAACUAGGUUUGAUCAUAUCAAAACCCAAUGCAAAAAGAAUCAUUCAAAUGAUGGAUAAAGACAACUCUAUGACAGUAGACUGGGAGGAAUUUCUCCAUCAUGUUAUUGUUAAUCCAGCAGAAAACAUUGGGGAACUGGUGUCUUCCUGGAAACAUAACCUGGUGUUUGAUGUAGGUGAGAGUCGCUCGAUACCUAUUGAGUUGACGCAGGAGGAGACUGACCUGUCUGUCUGGGGGAACUUUAUUUUGGCCGCAGGCUUGGCAGAUGCUGUGUCUAGAACUGUGACGGCACCAAUCGAUCUUUUAAAGACACGACUUCAGGUCUUUGGAUCUAAAGCUGUGUCUCUAGGAUUCCGAGAGCUACAGACUGGAGGCAUUAGAUCCUUGUGGCAAGGAAAUGCUGUGAAUGUUCUCAAAGGAACACCACAAUCAACGCUUCAGUGCUUCAUUUAUGCCCAGCUGAGGAUGUACAGUCUUGGUGAGAGGGACAAUCUGUCGGUCUAUCAAAGGUUUGGACUAGGCUGUGUGUCUGGGGCUGUGGCACAUGCUGUGUUCUACCCACUAGAGGUGCUAAAAGUUAGACUCAAUCUCCAACCUGCUGGAACCUACAGUGGAGUUUUGGGAUGUGCCAAGUUGAUUUACCAGAGUGAGUCUGUGGCGGCUUUUUAUAGAGGCUUCAAACCCAGCAUACUCUGCAUGAUUCCAUAUGCUGGAGUGGAAUGUGCAGUGCAUCAAUCAAUAAUGAGCUGGGUUAAGCAAGAUCCAGAAGACUUUGGUGACUCCAAGCUUUUCCUCUUUAGUUUCGCGGCAUUUGCAUCAGGACAGGCUACCAGCUACCCACUCGCUGUCAUCAGAACUCAACAGCAAGCUCAGGCUUUCUGUUUGAGCUCACAGAAGCCUGGAGAUGUUCUUCAGGGUCUCACUGGUAUCUAUACGAAAUAUGGAGUCCGGGGGUUUUAUAAUGGAAUGGGGGCAAGUUUUGUAAGGGCGGUUCCCUGCGCCCUGCUGAAUUACAGCCUGACCUCAAAAUUCCAGACACUGCUCUCAACAGUGUCAUAAUAAUCAGUCAGGAUCAGCGAUGAUAUCAAGAACCGUGU